UGCAUUUUACGCUUGCUAUUGUUAGCUGCGGGAAUUUCCCUAAAUGUGAAAUUACACACAGAAGCAGGAAGUGUUGCCACGGCUGACAAUCGCAAGGUAACAUAGGGUCGCAACACAACGGCUGCAUAUAGAACACUGCAGGCGUACCGCACACGCUGAUCACAAAAUAUUUGGAUGGUAUCGUGCGUCACAUGAAAUAGAUAUCUUGCUCCGAGGAUGGCUGUUGACUCAGCGUGUGUGCUCAGCACGUAUAUUUCUGACUUGAAUGUGACUAUCACCGGAGGAGGAUUAUCAGCUGAGCCUCAGACCUCCGAAGGUUUUGCCUACCUGUGGGGCGGAGUCAAAGCCACGUAUGGUGUGGGCAAAGGAAAAGUGUGCUUCGAAGUCAAGCUGGAAAAACAUCUUAACGUCAGACAUCUUCCUCCAGAUGAACCUAAUCCACAUGUAGUUCGCAUUGGUUGGUCAGCUGACAGUGCCUCACUGCAACUGGGCGAGGAAGACUUCUCUUACGGCUACGGCGGCACAGCGAAGUUCUCCACCAGGGGACAGUUCCGAGACUACGGUUUGACAUUCGGAGCAGGAGAUGUGAUCACAGCGUGUCUGGACUACAGUUCUGGAAAGCCGGUGCUCUCCUAUUGGAAGAAUGGACACUAUAUCGGGCUGGCGUUCACAUCAACUAACAUUCUUAGAGGGAAAGCACUGUUUCCGCACUUGCUCUUAAAGAACACAGCUGUAUCUGUCAACUUCGGCCACAGAGCGCAGCCUUACUUCCCAGUUCCUGAGGGCUACACCCUUUUUGGUUCUCUUCCUGUUGGCGAUCGAGUCCGUGAACCCCUCGCUCCUGCCACCAAAGCUGAAUGUGACAUUCUAAUGAUGGUAGGACUGCCUGGCGCUGGUAAGAGCGCAUGGGUAGAGAAACACUGCAAAGAACACCCGGAGAAGAGAUACUACAUCUUGGGGACAAAUAUCAUCAUGGACAAGAUGAAGGUAAUGGGUCUUCGCCGUGAGCGGAACUACAACGAGCGUUGGGAAAAGUUAUUCCAGAAAGCAAAUGAUUGCUUGCAUCGUUUCUUUGAAAUAGCCCCGACUCGGAAACGAAACUAUAUCCUCGACCAGACCAAUGUAUAUCAGACUGCCCGAGAACGGAAAAUGCGUCCAUUCAACGGUUUCAGCCGCAAAGCUGUAGUGGUGGUACCAACCGAUGACGAGUAUCGUAGGCGAAUUGAGAAACGCAGGAUGGAGGAAAACAAGUCCGAGCCGGAAAGCGAUAUACUGAAAAUGAAAAAGAACUUCGUACUACCGGCGCGAGGGCACUUGUUCCAAGACGUCAUCUUCGUGGAUCUGGGCAGAACAGAUGCUGCGCAGCUGGUGGCGCGAUACAAUAGCGAAGGUUCACAACGAAGUCGCUGGAACGAUUGGUUAUUUGUUUAGGGAGGCCUGAGAACCUAACAUUGUUGCCAAAGUUGUGGCAGCGUCAGUAGGAAACCUGUUUGGUAAUUGAAGCCAUUGAAGGUCCGUGUCCUAAUUACUUGCUUGCCGUUUGAACUUGCACACGAGUCUACGACUGUGCGUGCAGCCACUACCCUAUGGAAUCGUGCGUAAUUUCAAGCCCUAGCCAAAUGAUUCGUACAUAGCCUAUUACUCAAAGGCAGCUCCAGAACCAAACUUUUGGUGGACCACAUGUGGAAGUUCAAAAAAAUUGUGCUUUAAAAAAUUUUUUUUACCGUGUAUUGCAACAUUUUUGGAAUGGAAGAUGUAUAGACCGUAACACCUUAGUGUAAUUAUUUCUAUUAUUUUUUUACGGGGGGAGGUGUGAAUAGGGCACCCUUGACCAAACGAGAGAGAAAGAGAAACGUUUCAGAAAAGGCAACUUGUGGGACUAUUUCAUUGGACUUGCUUCCUUAAUAAGCAUGUAAAAAACACACAUUGGACUUGCUUCCUUAAUAAGCAUGUAAAAAACACAAACUAAGCUUCACCCCUUAGAAGGCCACAAAAGGUCACAUGGAUAAAUUUUCCAAACUCACCCUCCACCCACCCCCUUCCCUAAAUGUAUAGAUCUGGACCCGCCCUCAGACAUUUAGACACAGCCUGAGCAUGGAACAUACUGGAGAAAUGCCACCGAAGUGUAUAUUUUACGGUUAGAAUGUCAUGUACUCUCCUGACGCAGGGGAAAUAGUAGCUUGAUGGUCUAACAACAGGCAGCGUUGUCCAGUUCAGACGCUGAAGUGUAAUUCUCAACUGAGGGGCGUGGUCAACCUAAUUUACACAGGGGCUUUAAUUUGUUUUUGGUUAUCUGUGUUAACAUGUAAGGAACCCGAUGUCUGGUUUUGUUGAAAUAAAUAUGACUAAUUCUGGUUGUGUUUUA